AUGGGACUCCCCAGCCAGGUUUUGGCCUGUGCCAUCUUCGCUUUGCUGUCCCAUCACGUCAGUGGAGGACUCAUCAAGAGAAUCAUCAGGCAGAAGCGCGAGACUGGGCUGAAUGUGACCUUGCCAGAGGACAAUCAGCCUGUGGUUUUUAACCAUGUCUACAACAUUAAGUUGCCUGUUGGCUCCCUUUGCUCUGUGGACCUGGAUUCAGCGAGUGGUGACGCAGACCUGAAGGGGGAAAUUGAACCUGUCAAGAAUUACGAGGAGCACACGGUGAAUGAGGAGAACCAGAUUGUCUUCACGCACCGUAUUAACAUUCCCCGCCGAGCCUGUGGCUGUGCAGCUGCCCCCGACAUUAAGGAUCUGCUGAGCAGACUAGAGGAGCUGGAGGGACUGGUAUCCUCCCUACGGGAGCAGUGUGCCAGCGGCGUUGGAUGCUGUCCUAAUUCCCAGGCAGUAGAAGGUCACCUGGACACGACACCCUAUUGCAGUGGACACGGCAACUACAGCUUUGAGAUCUGUGGCUGUGUGUGUGAGCCAGGCUGGAAGGGCCCCAACUGCAGCCAGCCCACCUGCCCCUCCGACUGCAACGACCAAGGCAAGUGCAUGGAUGGGGUUUGUGUGUGCUUCGAGGGGUACACAGGCCCGGACUGCAGCGAGGAGCUCUGUGCCCAGGGCUGCAGCCUGCACGGGCGCUGCGUGGCCGGGCGCUGCGUGUGCCACGAGGGCUUCACCGGGGAGGACUGCAGCGAGCCCCUCUGCCCCAACAACUGCCACAACCGCGGGCGCUGCGUGGACAGCGAGGGUGGCUGCGACGAGGGUUACACCGGCGAGGACUGCAGCGAGCUCAUCUGCCCCAACGACUGCUUCGACCGCGGGCGCUGCGUCAACGGGACCUGCUUCUGCGAGGAGGGAUUCACCGGGGAGGACUGCGGCGAGCUCACCUGCCCCAACAACUGCAACGGCAACGGGCGCUGCGAGAACGGGUUGUGCGUCUGCUACGAAGGCUUCGUGGGGGACGACUGCGGCGAGAGGAGAUGCCCCAACGAUUGCCACAACCGCGGGCGCUGCGUGAGCGGGCGCUGCGUGUGCCACGAGGGGUACCUGGGUGAGGACUGCGGGGAGCUGAGGUGCCCCAACGAUUGUCACCACCGCGGGCGUUGCGUCAACGGGCAGUGCGUGUGCGACGAAGGGUUCAUCGGCGAGGAUUGCGGGGAGCUGCGGUGCCCCAGCGACUGCCACAACCGCGGGCGCUGCGUCGACGGGCAGUGCGUGUGCCACGAGGGAUUCACCGGGGAGGACUGUGGCCAGCUGAGGUGUCCCAACGACUGCCACCGGCGCGGGCUCUGCGUCAACGGGCAGUGCGUGUGCGACGAAGGGUACACGGGGGAGGACUGUGGGGAGCUGCGGUGCCCCGAAGACUGCCACAAUCGCGGGCGCUGCGUGGAGGGACGUUGUGAGUGUGACAAUGGUUUCACAGGCGAGGACUGUGGCGAGCUGUCCUGCCCCAACGACUGCCACCAGCGCGGGCGCUGCGUCAAUGGGCGCUGUGUGUGCCACGAGGGCUUCAUGGGGGAGGAUUGCCGCGAGCGCUCCUGCCCCAACGACUGCAACAACGCGGGGCGCUGUGUCGAUGGGCAGUGUGUCUGCGAGGAUGGUUUCAUCGGGGUUGACUGCUCGGAUGUGUCUCCUCCAACUGAGCUGACUGUGACAAACGUAACAGAUAAAACUGUCAACCUGGAAUGGAAACAUGAGAAUCUCGUCAACAAGUACCUUGUCACCUAUGUCCCUACCAGCAGUGGUGGCUUGGACAUGCAGUUCACUGUGCCAGGAAACCAGACAGCUGCCACUAUCCAUGAACUGGAGCCUGGGGUAGAAUACUUCAUCCGUGUCUUUGCAAUCCUUAAGAACAAGAAGAGUAUUCCAGUCAGCGCCAGAGUAGCAACAUAUCUGCCUGCUCCAGAAGGUCUGAAAUUCAAAUCUGUACGAGAAACAUCUGUCCAGGUGGAGUGGGAUCCUCUGAACUUUUCUUUUGAUGGCUGGGAGCUGGUCUUCCAUAAUAUGAAAAAGGAUGAUAAUGGUGAUAUCACCAGCAGCUUGAAGAGGCCAGAGACAUCUUACAUGCAGCCUGGCUUGGCACCUGGGCAACAGUACAAUGUGUCCAUUCAUAUAGUGAAAAACAAUACCAGAGGACCAGGACUGUCCAAAGUGAUAACCACAA